UUUCUGUAAGACAACUAAGAAAUCUGCCUUGCCAUGACCGAGUUCUCACGCUAUCCAAAAGUGGUAGUGACAAGGGCACGUGCACCAUAGGCUGCAUCGUUGUUCUCCGCCGCCCCGAUCCCUUAGCCCGCGGCUGUCCCAGCGUCCUCGGCCCAUGUUGAACCAACAUGUCGACUUUCGUUGCGGUGCGCCUUGGCUACAGCGCGCAUGCUGCGGCAAUCUACAUCGCCCUUGGGAGUGCCACAACAUUCCUGGCGUCUCAUCGGUCGAUAUACGCUACACGUCGAGGUGUUGGGGGGCCUGUGUGCUGUUGUUCUUGACCCCUUCCUGUGAGACUCCAGGGCUUCUUCUCAGCGUCAUCCCUCUCGCAAUGGACCGGACCGACUUCGCCUUCGCAUCGGCUCAUGGCCUGUUUGCUCCUUUCUGCUCUCGGAAACAUUAUCCAUUCGCACGAACGUUCUACCCAGAUAAACUGUCAGUUACGCGCAGCAGCCUCUUCCUUCUCGCUUGUAGAGUGAUCGCAUGAACAAAGCGUGCUAGGGGAAGGCUCUGAAACCCUUCACAAACGAAAGCAGACGCCAUGUACGGGAUGGAGGGGAGGGAUAAGCAAGAUGAUCCCAUUUGUACAGCGUCCGACUUUGGUGCGCUCGUGACGAACAACGAAUGCCGGUGACGCUUUUUGGAAGCAGCGUCCACCGCAGGUGCUGGGCCCCUUCUCAGGGCGGGUGUUCCAACGUGCUCGACGACGAGGGGAACGUCCGAUCGGACGAGGGUGGACAGAUCGACUGGCGUCGGCGGGACAAACGUCGAAUGGCGACGAGAGAAGCGUUUUUGGAGAUUGGGUGUGAGCAUGGGUGUGAGCAUAGGAGCUUUCGGCAGAGCGGGUGCUCGGUUAACUGCAAGGAGAUAGGAAGGGCGGUCAGAGAUGUGGGGCAGCUAAGCGAUUGGGGAAACCACUGACGCUCUUCCUCGGUCAAGAGGACUUCCUUCCUGAAGCAGACACCCGUGACGGUCUGGCUAGGCUUCGCGGGGGGAUCCAUCAACAGGAUAGCGGCGAGGUCAUUAGAGAACGUCUCGGGAGGGUUUCUGACUGGGAGCGGAUCAGUGUCCGAAUGCCCCGUCAGUGUAUGGGACGGCCACUCACGCUGUUCCUCCGAUAAGACCACUUGUCGCUCAAAGCCGGCCCCAGCGAUAUCUAGGCUGCCGGGAGGUGACUUGGCCUCGUGCGAGGUGGACGAAACCGACGACAAAGAGGACGACGAGAUGAACGGCUUUGGGGGUGGUGCAGGCUUCCUCGUGCCAAAGGAGAAGAAGUUUGGGAUGGUUCGGCGACGGAUCGUAUCAGAGGACGAUGGGCUGGAGCGGAUGAUGUGCAUAAUCGUUAUAGGUAAGGGGGAUAUCAUUCAGUCUACAUCCCCCAGCCAAGAUUUGUACCUCCGGGGGUGUCUCAGACAUGCUCAAAUCCGCUGGCCUCCGAGACGACUUGCGACAGGGGAUGUCUGAGCUGGAAUCGGCAACUGAAUGUUCGAGUCGCUCACCACGCACCCGUAACGUCAUUGAUUGCCCCAGAGCAUCCACUUGGGAGGGCUGACCAAGCUCGAUUAUCACAUCACAGCAACUGCAGGUUGCGAUUAUGACAAGCUGGAAUCCCAGGAACUCGUGCUCAUAGAACGAGCCGAAGAUCCUCGCGUACGAUGCUGCAGAGUAUGUCCUAUUUGCAAUACAAAACAGGCAGAUGAACAUUCUUUAUGUCUGUGGGCGGAGAGAAUGCG